AAUCACAAGUAUCCAAUCACUUGCCCCCCUGAUUUUCUGUUUGCACCCCCAACAGGGGCUGUCUAGAUCCGGCCCUGCAGUGAAGAUCAGGUCAUGUGAUGAAGGAGGGAGACGCCGAGCCUCUCACCGCGCAGGCUCCGAUCACCAGAGCUGGACUGACGUUUCCCGGCCCCGGUUGAGCAGCCCCCUCCAGGAGCGCAGCAGCAUCGAUGCCCCCGCGCCGCCUCCUCCCCGGCCUGGACCUGCUGAGAGAAUGAGAGGAUGGCGGAGCGGCGACUGACGGAUGCUGCCGCCGCCGCUGCAGCGCCGCACCGGGAGCAGCAGCAGCAUCACGGCGGCAUGAGCUCCGCGGAGGAGGACCUGUGUCUGGAGGAGAUCCUGACGCUGUACAGCCAGCCCAUCAACGAGGAGCAGGCAUGGGCGGUGUGUUACCAGUGCUGCCGGACGCUGGCGACGGGACGCCCGGACGGGAGGAGCGCGGCGGCCGUCGGAGCCUCGCCGCGGAGGAUAUCCGGACCGCGGGAUGUUCGGAUCCAGAGAGACGGCUCUGUGAGGAUGGACUACCGGGACUGUGAAGGUAAAUACAGUCCCUGCACAAGAGCUGAGGUGAUCGAGUCUUUGGGGAUCAUGAUCUACAAAGCUCUAGACUACGGCCUGAAGGAGAACGAGGAAAGAGAGCUGAGUCCUCCUCUGGAGCAGCUCAUCGACCUCAUGACCAACAUGGUGGUGGCUGAGAAGGAGGCGUGUCCCGACGAGGGUUAUGAGGCCACAGAGGAAGAGGACGAGGCUGAAGAUGAGCCUGACAGCAUCUCUGCUGCUCGCAGCUACAACGAUAUCCUGAAGCUGUGUACGGCCCACCUGCCCAGCCCCUCGGAUGCCCCCAGCCACUACCAGGCGGUUUGCCGAGCGCUCUACACAGAGACCAGAGAGCUGGGGACUUUCCUGGACAAGAUCAAGAAUGCCAAAGAGAACCUCCGUAAGAUGGAGGAGUCCUCUGAGGAGCCGGUCCGGGACCUGAAUGAGCUCCAGAAUGCAGACUGGGCUCGGUUCUGGGUCCAAGUAAUGAGGGACCUCCGUGAAGGAGUCAAGCUGAAGAAGGUGCAGGAGCGACAGUACAACCCUCUGCCCAUCGAGUAUCAGCUGACCCCCUAUGAGAUGCUCAUGGACGACAUCCGGUCCAAACGCUACAAACUGCGCAAAGUCAUGGUCAAUGGAGACAUCCCACCCAGACUGAAGAAGAGCGCUCAUGAGGUCAUCCUGGACUUCAUCAGGUCCAGACCUCCUCUGAACCCUGUUUCUGCUCGUAAGCUGAAGCCUCAGAAGCAGCCUCCCCCCACUCUACAUGAGCGGAUCCUGGAGGAGAUCAAGUCAGAGAGGAAACUUCGCCCAGUGUCACCCGAUGAGGUUCGCAGGGGCAGGCUGGAUGAGUUCAGCCCAUACAUGGGCCGGAGGACGUCCAGCUCCCUGUCCCUCAGCAACGGCUCAGCCUCUCCCAGAGUGCAGCCCUCCGGCUCUCAGUCUGUUCCUCCGAGGAAGAGGCUUCUGAAGGCUCCCAGCCUGGCUGAGCUGGACAGCUCCGACUCUGACGAUGAACUUCCUGCACACAAAUCUGAAAGCAGCUCUAGUGUUGCGACGUCUAUGAUGGAUGACACGUCCCCGGAGACUGCAGUGGGGAAGAAAACUCCCCCCAAGUUCCUGCCCAUCUCCUCCACACCUCAACCGGAGAGGAGGCAGACCCCCCAGAGGAGACACUCCAUCGAGAAGGAGACGCCCACUGACGUGCGGCUGUUUCAGCCGCCGUCCAAGCAGAGCUCCAAGUCUCUGGAGGAGUUCUGCUUCCCUGUGGAGUGUCUGUCCCUGACGGUGGAGGAGGUGAUGCACAUCCGACAGGUUCUGGUGAAGGCGGAGCUGGAGAAGUUCCAGCAGUACCGAGACGUCUACCACGCCAUGAAGAAGGGAAAGCUUUGCUUCUGUUGUCGAACCAAAAGGUUUUCCUUCUUCACCUGGUCCUACAUCUGCCAGUUCUGCAAAAAGCCAGUGUGUUCUCAGUGCUGUAAGAAGAUGCGUCUGCCUUCCAAACCUUACUCCAGUCUGCCCAUCUACUCCAUUGGCUCCACCAACACUCUCCCCCGAGAGAGAGUCAGCGCCAUGGCCGCUGUGGGGCAGGGACUCUCUGUGGCCGCAGAGCCGGGGCCAUCGGUGGGGCCUGCGGUGGGGCCGUCAGCGGCGCCGGCAGUGGGGGGAGGCGCUGCAUCACCGACUUCAAAAGGAGCCGCCAAAGCAGCGGCUAAAGCAGCAGGAAAAGCAAGAGGAGUCGCCACGGCGACUAAACAUGACAAGUCCUCUGAGGGCUCGCAGCGCCACAGCAUCCACAAGACCAUGGCCAGGUUUUCAAAGCACGGCUCCCUGAAGUCUCACGAAGAGCUGGAGCUGCCAUCGGAGCUGACGGAGGACUGGGCCACCAUGGAGGUGUGCGUGGACUGCAAGAAGUUCAUUUCUGACAUAAUCGCUUCCAGCAAGCACAGCCUGUCUCUGGCCACCAAGAGGGCUCGCCUAAAGCGCAAGACGCAGUCCUUCUACAUGUCAUCCCCCAAAGGCAGGGAGGAGUACCGGCCCUCCGAACGAACAAUCAAGGAAAUCUGAAGCUGCAGAAACUGCUGACGGUGCAGGGAGACGUCAGACAGACCUGACGGCUUCUUCCUGUCGCUCUGGUCCAGAUCACAGACGGAUGCUCAGACUGCUGUGAUGACUUCAACUCCUGCAUCCUUCAGUGUGUCCUUUUGAACUAGAAAUGGAAAAAACAGAGUUUUGAACACUA